AUGGCGGAAUCAACCCGACGCAGGAAACGACCAGUGCCGCCCAGCACCCAGGCCAUGUCCUAUCCCAGGAAACGAGCCGUGGCGGCCUGCCAACUCUGCCGACGCCGAAAAACCAAAUGUGACAAUGUCCGCCCCACGUGCGGCUUCUGCGAGAACAUCGGCGCAUCAUGCGUUUACCAAGCCCCAGAAACAGAUUAUUCCUCAUUCGACCCCGCUGCAUUGGCCUUGCUCGAGAGGAUGGACUACAUGAUCUCGCUGGUUGAGAAGAAUAAACUGGGUCCGCCAGAAAAUUCCAACGUGCCGGCCACAAGUGACUACAGUCAGAGUAGCGCCGUCUGGCCGUGGACGGCCAAUGCGGAGUCGCAAGAAAUCCCGUCGCGGUGUAAUAUCUCGUGUCGAAUCCUGGAAUGGCCGAUUUUCGAAGAGAUCCAAUAUGACCGAACAGGGGACACCUUAUUUACGGGGCAGGCGAAUGCCUCGCAACAGAAGAAUCCAAGGUCGCGAGGAAUUGUCGAGGACCAUAUCCCUUCCUAUGUGGACCGAUUUCUAACCAAUGUGCACACCAAAAACCCAGUCGUGGACCACACCCUGCUGAGCAAGUAUGUUCGUGAUAUCGCUGAAAACGGUCUAUCCUGGGACGGGCCCACCAGCGUCACCCUCAUGGCAUGCGCAUUGGGCAUUGUUUCUCAACCGUUUCAGCAAAUCCCGGUGACACAACUGGACAGUGUCAAAGCCGAUCUUCCCUUAGCAGAGGUCUAUUAUACGGCCGCCCGAAAGCGCAUCGGCCUACUGGAUACGACCUCAUUAGUGUAUAUACAGACCACCUUCCUGUCAGGGGUCUAUGAAAUGUAUACCCUGCGUCCGUUGGCGGCCUGGCACUCUUUCCAUACCGCCUGUAGCAGCAUGCAAUUGUAUUUCAAAACAAGGUAUCCAGGAUUAGAAAGCAGUGAAACGCAAAACCUGGAAGAGCGGUUGCGGUGGUCAUGCUUUAAAUCAGAACGGGAAAUCCGCACGGAGAUCAAUCUCACCCCCCUAAAAGCAUCCAACCGGGACUUGGCCGAAGAAUAUCCAAUGCCUCCGCACGAAGCUAGAGAGGGAGAGGCCCCUACAGUAUUCCCGCUGGAAGAAAGCUGGUACUACUAUCUAACAGAUAUUUCACAAAGGCGGAUUCUGGAUCGUAUACUCAAUUCGUUCUAUGCGCAAGAGUCGGACCAACAAUGGCUUCAGACGUCUUCAGAUGACAUGGCUCGCACUGCAUUGGAAUUAGACCGUCAGCUGGCCACGAUAGACGCCAAUCUGCCUCCUUGGCUACACUAUUCACGGGAAGAGCUGGGAGAUCGCGAGCUGCCCUAUUUCAUACAUCGGCGAUUACUUCAUAUGCAGGAAUGUCUCUUCAAACCAUUCUUAUUUCGGGUAGUACAUUCCGACCAGACUCAACCUCAAGUCGUCUUUGAUCUAGCGCAACGCUGUGUGGAAGCGUGUCGGAUGAACAUCCUUGAAACCGCCAUCCAGCAUCGACACCAUGGCAGCUGGUUCGUGGCCCGAGGGGCCUUCCGGUGCGCGAUGGCACUGAUUGCCGCGGCGCAGAGCGGCAUAUUGGCCAUGCCAAAUGACUGGUUCGCAUGUGUGGAAACAGCGCUAACGGUUAUCGAAUUUUGGGGGCAAGAGGCGGCCGAUCUCCAACCCCUGGGCCAAAUUCUCCGCACCGUAUACAGCUACACAAGGGUCCCAAAUGGGUAA